AUGAAGUUUUCAAUUGCCCUUAUUAUCCAGGUGGCCUCCCUGGCAACUGCACAGUCUCGCGCGGACGUCACCGAGACAGAGGCGGCGGAAAUCUGUGGUGCCCUCGGCGUCAUGGAAGUCCCCGCGGGCGUUGACCCCGGUACUGUCCGCAUGUGCAGGGAGCAUCCCACCGUCCUCGAGGAAGUCGAGAAGACGCUGGACAAGCGCAGGUGUUGGAGCACUCCCAAGGCUGGCUGCUCCAAUUCGGGCUGGUGCUACAAGAUCUGCAAUGGCAAAGGUGGCUGGUGCUGGACCACUUGGGACGGCCCGAGUACUUCUUGGAGGGAAUGCUUUCGCGACGAGCACUGCACUGAAAAUCACGAAUGCGGAGGGCGCUGCAGCUGCUAA